UAAACGUCAAUUCAAUAUUGAUGUUUUCGCAAAAAUGGGAAAUUCGCGAAAUUGCGUUUUUCCGCGAAAUGAAAAUUCCAGAAAUUUAAGUGAACAUAAGUCUAUAGUAAAUUAAAAAUUUUCAUCAAUCAAUAAAAUCAAAUUAGAGAAAAUGACAAGUCUGUACUUCGAUAUAAGCCAAGAGCAAUGGCCAAUAGUAUAUGAUGACAAAUACAAUGUUUCGGUUUUUGGUCUCGAGAAGUUUCAUGUAUUUGACGCUAAAAAGUGGCGGAAUAUUGUUCAGUAUUUAAGGAAUGCACAACUUAUAACGGAUGAACGCCUAGUGAAGCCAAAAGAAGCCCAGAAGAGUGAUUUGCUUGUUGUCCAUACAAAGCGGUAUCUCAAAUCUUUGAAUUGGAGCGCAAGAGUGGCUAUAAUCGCAGAAGUACCACUUGUAUCUUUAUUACCAAAUUUCCUGGUUCAAUACGCUUAUUUAAAGCCGAUGAGGUUACAAACAGGUGGUUCAGUUCUUUGUGGUAAGCUGGCAUUGGAGCGUGGGUGGGCUAUCAAUGUGGGUGGUGGCUUCCACCACUGCAGUGCUCAAAAAGGCGAAGGUUUCUGUCCGUAUGCUGACAUAACGCUGCUGAUACGGUUCCUCAUGAUGAAUAACUUAAUAGAGACUGCUAUGAUUGUCGAUUUGGAUGCUCAUCAGGGAAAUGGUUACGAAAAGGAUUUCCUGGGUGUUCCCGAAGUAUACAUAAUGGAUAUGUACAAUAGAAAUAUUUUCCCGAAAGACAAAGAAGCGAAGAAGGCGAUACGAAGGAAAGUGGAACUCGGGAAUCUGGUUGAGGACAUGGAAUAUAUGCUGAAAUUGCGAUUGAAUUUAAAAGCAGCCUUUAAUGAAUUCAAACCGGAUAUAGUUGUGUACAACGCGGGCACUGAUAUUUUGGACACAGAUCCUUUGGGACACAUGAGCAUAAGUGAAUGUGGGAUAAUAAAACGGGACGAAUACGUAUUCGAGAUGUGUAAAGGUCUCCGCGUGCCCAUAGUCAUGCUGACCAGCGGCGGCUAUCUGAGGAGGACCGCGCGGAUCAUAGCCGAGUCGAUCAUUAACUUGCACGGCAAAGGUCUAAUAUACGGAAGCUGUAAAGACAGUAAAUGGUAAAUGAAAUGUUGAAUGGCGUUAUCGGAACGUGAGGGUACAGAGAGCUGUUAAGACUUGUGUAGUAGUGAAAUUGUUAUAGAAUAUUAUUAUUUUCCUACCUAAGCUGAUAGCCUUUUGAGAGGCUAUUUCAGCGUAACCUUAACUAGUAGGUGAGCUCACGGGGCUUAAACCGCAGUGAUGCUAACAUUGACCCAAGCAAGAGCAGUGCUUCGCAGAAUCUACCACCGGAUCGGAAACGCGACCCACUGAGGAGAUCCGGCGAGAAACUCAUUAGGCUAUUGAAUAUUGAAGAUGUUUCUAUUAUAUAUACAUACGUUUUAUAGUUCCCAUGUUUGUUCGUAUUCAACGCCCGUCCUAAGGCUGGGUUCACACGACAUUGUCUACGAUUUUAAACGGACACUCCGAGGAUUGUUCUUACGAUCGAUUUUCAUUUGUAUUAAAUACGAAAGGCCACGAAAGUUAUCACAGAGUUUUAAACAGGAGUAUUUUAAGAACCGUUUUCAGAAAUUCAGACCCAGAGGUUCCAAGCUAUCCGUAAGAAUGUAAUUAUCGACAAUGCGAACGGCCAUUUUCUGUGUGGAGUGAAAUAGAAGUAGCUGGUAUUUGGGAGCCCCGGCCUGAAGGUGGGAACAGUACUCCACGCUAGGCUGAAUCUGUGCUUUGUAAAGCAAAAGUUUUUGUAAAACCAAAUGCAUAUACCCAACCAUAUACCAAGACCAUUAUCAGAAGGCGAAGACAAUAUGACUUAUGUAUUUAUUGGUGACGAGGGGGAAGUCCGUUUCUACACAAAGAAGCAGUUGUGAUGGGGUCGAUGAAGUUGCCUCAAUCCCAUAAAUAGCCUGCCGGUUCAGCCUUGACCUUAUAAGGCUAGUCCUGAUUCUUUCGAGCCUGACGGCUUGGUACAGGAGCCCCUCGGAUGGCGCAUAUCGCGUCCCAGAGUCAAGUCAGCAGCAACGCAUGAGUGCUAGCUUUCCAGAAGUUCCCCGUCGAUGUCACCCCCCAUGGGAGGAAACCGUAGCGGUAUCCAGGUUGAUGAUGAUUUGCUCUACAUAUAAUAACUAUUUACUACGUCUUUGGAGAGGAAUAUCAGAAGAUGUACCUAAAAAUAUAUGUUACUAGAAGCCAGCAGAUGUAGCUAAAAAAAAAUAUUUCACUGCCGCCUAAAAUUAAUUUAUUUUAGAACCCGCAAACUACCAGAAUUUUAGCAGUUUAACACUAUUGUUUUUAUUUGAUUAGCCGGGCCGACUAGCUUACGGUUAAUCUGGUUUUAUUUUGUUAUCAAGGCCUAGUUUGAAGGGAGGUGUAUUCUCAAAACAAGUAUGAGAGAAAAAAAAGUCUUUCGAUCAUAGUGUUUUGUUAUUGCGAUGGAAGUAAUCAGCAGUGACCACACCGCCUCGCGAGCUCUGUACCGUAACCAUUGUAAAGAGAAGGUUUAGUUAGAAAUAAUCGAUGUAUUAAAGACGUUUUGUGCCAAAUUAGUUUAGUUAUGUCAUCAAGCAAACUAUAAUAUUUAUUGUUAAUGAAUUCCUUAAUGUUGUAGCCAUGUGAUAAUAAGCAACAGGGCGAACAUUAAAAACGAAAUUUAAAUAGCAGAUAUAUGUUAAAUAUUUUUGUGAAAUGUUAAUUAACAAAAAUUAUCUGUAAUAAUCUAGAAAGUUCGAAUGCUUUUUCUAAAAUCGAUUUAAACACAAAUCAAAAUGUUUCUAAUGUUUGUUUGGUUUCAAAUGACGUUAUUGGCUGUAAUUUAAUUCAACCAACUUCUAUAAAAUUAGCGCGAAUUUUUUGAAAAAGGAACAUCCCGUUUCCUGUUCUUGUAUUGAUAGAUUAUAAUUGUUUAUUUGAAAAUAAAUGUUUCUUUGUUAUAAA